AUGUCCAAAAACCUCAUCCACCAAACAUGGUCCACAUGGCGCGACUGGAUCACCCCUGUAACGCAUACAUCCACAUUUCGCGAAACCGGCAAAAUCACACCAGAGGAGUUCGUCGCUGCCGGUGAUUAUCUCGUCUUCAAGUUCCCCUCGUGGCAAUGGGCAGAUGCAUCGACGCCCGCUCAACGAGUGCCUUUUCUACCUCCCGGAAAACAAUAUCUAGUCACUCGUGGAGUGCCUUGUCAUCGGCGGCUGAAUGAUAAUUUCGCGGGUGAUUUGCAGGAGGAUGUAAUCAUCAAAGAUAUGCUUCGCGCCGGACCGGGGAGUAGCGGUGGCGACGGUGACGACGACGGAUGGUUACAGACAGGUGGGAAGAGGGAGUAUGCCGAUACGCAGGAAGCGAAGAGGAAGGAUGUGCGGACUGUUGAUGAGGCCGGUAAUGUCAGUGAGCAGGGAGAGGAUGAGGAUGAGAUUCCGGAUAUGGAGGAUGACGAUGACGAUGAGGAGGCUAUUAUUCGUGAUCCUUCCUCAGGCCAGUCGGGGACCACAGCUCCCCUGCGAACAUAUAAUCUCUACAUCACAUACGCCAACUACUACCGCACACCCCGACUUUAUCUAUCAGGCUACCUCUCCCCCUCCGAACCACUACCCCCACACCUAAUGAUGGAAGACAUUGUCGGCGACUACAAAGACAAAACAGUCACAUUAGAAGAUUUCCCCUGGUUCGACACCAGCGUGCCCAUGGCCACCGUCCAUCCAUGCCAACACGCCUCCGUCAUGAAGAUUCUCCUAGACCGCGCAGACGCAGCCCUCAAGAUCCGCCGCCAGAAGCUAAAGAAAGCCCGUUCCGCCGACGAGGCAACAAACAUCAAAUUCGACAGCGGUCUGGAGGGAUUGGUCGACGAUACUAAAAACUUGUCUCUCGCCGACCGACAACGCAAACUCCAAGACGGAAGUUCACCAAACAACAAUGCGAUGAUGGGCGAUGAAUGGGAAGUCCUUCAGAACGACGGCAGUCAGUCGGAAGAAGACGAGUUCCAGGCCGCGAUUCGCGUGGAUCAGUAUUUGGUUGUGUUUUUGAAAUUUAUUUCGAGUGUUACGCCGGGUAUAGAGCAUGAUUUCACGAUGGGUGUUUAG